AUGGCAAUUACAAAGAAAAUAUCAACUGAAAUUAUCGUUUUAACAAUAAAUAUAGCUAAAGGUAAAAAGCAAAAAGAGAAUGAAACUAUGUUAUACAGAGAUAAAAUAUUGGAUAUUGUUGCAAAAUUAGUAGAAAAGAAUGAUAAUCCAUGUGCAGUAUAUGUUAUCGAAGGAUUCAAUGAUAAUGCAAUUUUCAGUAAAUUGUUAACAGAGGCAGAAGUUAUUUGCGAAUUAGAAAAGAUUUUUAAUGAUGAAAAAAUUGGUAGCAAAAUUAACAUUACAAACGCAAUUGAAUCAUUUCGUAAAAUUCCAUGGUCAUCGCAAAUUCCAAACAUAAUUUUUAUUCCAGAUAUGGCCAUGUACAGAAACCGGAAAUUAUACAAGAAUGAUAUAAGAUCAGUGAAAAAUUUACUGAAACAAAUGGUAAUGGAGAAUCCACGUAGUGCACCUCGUAUUGUUAUCGGUAAUCCUGAACAUUUCCAGAAUAUUAGUGAUAUCGUAAGCGUGUAUUCCACAAAUAUGAAUGUUGAUAAAUUAACUAAGGCUAUUCUAUUGGCAUUACAAACUAAAGAAUUUACGACAUCAGAAGAUUUGUUCAUUUCAACUAACGGAUAUGCAAUAACACCAUCCGAUACAUUAGAAACUCCUUCUACAGUAUCCUGGAUUACAACUACCACUUACGAUGAGAUAGAAGUGGAAAAUAUUGGAUCAACUACAACUUCAUACGAUCCCUCAAUGAUAGUAACUAAACCUGUAGGAUGUGAAUCAUCCAGAAUACUUGUAAAUUUUCCAACAGCAGAAUCUGAAGCAGUUAAUUCUACGCCAGCGAUAAUUGCUAUGGAUAAUCAAUUAUCGGAUACAAUUUCAAGAUCAGAAAGUGCAAAAAGAUCAUUAAUUUCGCCAACUUUAACUACAACAUUAUCAUAUCAAUUAUCAGCAAAAACUGAUGAUUCUAUAAUGGAUCAGGAGACUACCUUACCUUUCACUUUUAUUCUACCACCUUAUUCAACAUUAACAGAUGAAACCGUAUCAUUAUUAACUUUAUCUGAUAAAAAUCCUCAAAAUCUAUUCCAACAAUCAAUGUCACAUAUUUCAAUAGCAGAAAAAACUGUAACUGAUUAUUCCACAUAUUCUACAGAAAUGUCACAAUCUCAAUCAUUGCAAUCGUUAGUAUUAUCAACAACAACUGAUGAAUCUGAUGUUGAUAAUGGUUUAAUGACAUUAAUUAGCCAUCCAUUAACCGUUAACCUUGCUUCUCCUACUACUGAAUAUCCUCCAAUAAUUGCCGAAUAUCCAGAUAUAUUGAGCAUAAAAAAUAAGGGAUUAAAAGAGAUGUCGAUAGAAUCAACGACGAUUACUAACAAUCCUAAAACAACCUUCUUAUCAUCAUCAUCAUCACCAUCACUAUCAUCAUCAUCAUCAUCAUCAUCAACAUCAAUACAAUCUGAUGAUAUGUUUUCUCAAAAGUUCAUACACAUCAAUUCAACUUCUUUUUCACUACCAUUUAUCAUCAGCAAUUCAUCAUCAAUGAUGAAAGAAAUGAACGAAAUAUUCGUCACGGGAACUAAUUUAUCAGAUGAUGAUGAGGAACGAUUAUCAUCACUAUCAAAUGCAGUUAUUUCAGCACAACAAAAAUUCCCCUUCCUAUUCAUUACUAGCAAACCAGAAAGUGAGAAAUCGAUUACGAAAGUGACAAUUGAACCGGAAUAUUUGUCAACUAAUGUUACGAAUAUUUCACCAAGAUUGUAUCAGCUAGAAAAUGAUACAGAAUUACAGUUAACUUCACAACAAACAAACAAUGAAUCAUCAUUUAUAUCAUCGAAAAAAAUUGAUAUUAAACUUUCUGAUUCACAUUCUGAACUUUUUAAUCGAUCAAUUAAUAUAACGAAUGAAGAAAAUUCUACAGAACUUCUUUCUCAUCAAUCAAUUUCACGUGAAUCAUAUUACGCUUAUCCACGUAAUUCACAUUCAGUGUCACAUCAUUUUUUACCCAAAGAUUCAGAAUUUACACCAUCAAUUGCUAUAUUUAGUGAUAAUAAUUCUCCAAUGAUAACAUUAAUGACAACAAAAGCAAACUUUUCUAAUGAUAUCGAGAGAAAUAAAUGA